AUGUCGUCAAAAACAACCGUUCUUCUCACCGGAGCAAGUGGAUCGUUGGGGGCUUCGACCCUGGCCCGCCUGGCGGCCGACUCCAACAUCCAUGUAAUUGCUGUGCUCCGUUCUUUCGCGCAGUCUGAAGCAGCCUUGCGGUCCAGAUACGCUUCUCAGGUCUCAGGAGGCCGUCUGUCCUUCGCGGAGAUCCCGGACAUGACUAUUCCCAAUGUCUUCGACGAAGUAGCCAGCAGAGCUGACGCAAUAAUCCACAUUGCCACGCCCCUCGCAUACGACAAUCUCAUGGAAAAGCUGAUCAAACCCAGCUGGGCUAUUGUGCACAAUGUCUUGAGCGCAGCCGAGAAAUCAGGCCGUGCGAGGAGAGUUAUCGUGACAGGAAGCAUGGUCUCUACCAUGCGAGUUGAUGAUAUGUUCUCCGGAAAAACCAUAUCCGAAGAGAGCUGGAAUCCCAUCCCCCUUGAGGAAGCAGAGACGAGUCCUAGCAAUGCGUACCAGUACUCCAAGGUUUCCGCAGAGAAGAAGGCCUGGGAAUUUAUGAACGAGAAACCACGGGGCUUUGAUCUGAUCUUUUUGUUGGCACCCUCCAUCACAGGCAAGAGUCUCCAGGCGGGCUUCAAACCUGAGAAGGGAAAUCUUGGUGGGCAGCCUGGUCUUUACAGAGGUCUCUUUGACCUCGACAGGCCUGGCUUCUUGUACCCAUUCUUCAUGGAUGUCGAGGAUGUCUCGCGCAUCCACAUCCAGGCUCUGUCACGCAGCAUUCCCGGGAACCAACGAUAUAUGUUCCACUCGCCCGAGUUGAUGGUAGCUAACGACAUUGCGCGCGCGGUCCGAGAGGAUUUCCCUCAGCUGAGGGAUCGAGUUCCUGCUCCUGAAGAGGAUGCAGGUGGUGGACCGCCACUUAACUUGGUCAGGACGGACAUGUCGAAAUUCGAGAAAGCGUUCGGCAGACAGCAAUGGAAAUCGGCCAGAGAUUCCGCUCGAGAGACCGUCGAGGACAUCGUGGCAUAUGAUGAGAGGCAAAAACAGGCUGCGCAAUAA